ACCCGGAUGUCAUCUGACGUGGUCUUCUGUUGGUCAACAGGUCCUUCAGCGGGAGACACCACUCUGAGGAGGAGAAUCGAGCCCUGGGAGUUCAAAGACUCCUUUGACCCCCACCAGCUGCGGAAGGAGACCCGGCUGCUCUCCGAGGUGUGGUGGGGGAAGAGUUCCAGGCCUUGGCGAGAGUCCAGGCAGAACGCUACCCAUCACGUGGAGAUGAACUUUAUAGAAAAGUUCACUUCAGAGAGACAUCUGCGCCCUCAUGUCUGCUGUUCCAUCACCUGGUUCCUGUCCUGGAGCCCCUGCUGGGAGUGUGCCAAAGCCAUCAGAGAGUUUGUGAGCCAGCACCCGAAGGUGAGACUCGUGAUUUAUGUCGCAAGGCUGUACUGGCACCUGGAUGAGCAAAACCGGCAAGGACUCAGGGCCCUGGUGGCCGGCGGCGUGCACGUGCAGAUCAUGAGCGACUCAGACUACGGUUACUGCUGGAGGAAUUUCGUCAACUACCCACCAGGGCAGGAGGCAGCCUGGCCGCGAUUCCUGCCUGUGUGGACAGCGCUGUACGCACUGGAGCUCAGCUGCAUUCUUCUAAGUCUACCACCCUGUCUAAGGAUUUCAAGAAGACGUCAAAAUCAGCUUACAUUUUUCCAAGUUAUUCUUAAAAAUUGCCAUUACCGAGCAAUUCCGCCCCUUGUCCUUUCGGCUGCAGGCAUGAUGCACCCUUCUGUGGCCUGGUGUUGGGCAGAAUGACUGUUGGGUGCACCCUGUUUCCAGAGUGAUAUAUGUUCCUCGCUGGGAGUGAGGAUGGCUCCCAAUCUCAAAAUUAGGGUGGAGAUGUGGAUUAGAGGUACUGUUAUCCAGAAUGC